CGUAGUCAUGUCGGAGCGUGGCCGCGGCCGCGGCGCCGGCCGCCGAUCUGAUGGCCGUCGAGAUGGCAGCUGGACAUGGGGCUUGGUCUCAAAGACCGUCGCCACAGGACGUGGUAGAGGUCGUGGCCGCACAAAUUCUUCGCAUUGGGGUCAUGACACCCGGCAUGUGCUCAAGUCAGAUUCUGCCCUGAAGCCACGGCGUGGAGCAAGUUGGGGAAAAGGAGACGGCAGAGAAUCGAGAGAUGGCAAGGGAAAAGGCAAAGGCAAAGGACACAAAGGAGGUCGCGAGUGGCGCCCAAAGACCGUAGUGCGUGUCGAUGCCGAUGCCAUCGGCCGACAUUGCGAAGUUAAAGGAGCUCAUGGAUCCUCUAUACAAGCUAUGGUGAUGACUGAACAAGGCAUCUACACCACGUCCCAGGACAAGACCAUGAAGCGUUGGAAACCGAAGUUGUCCAGUACAGGUGUCUUCGAACUCGAGGCAGAACUAACUGUUCCAUUGAAGGAGUCAGGGCACUCACUCCUCUUCAGUGGUGGUUGGCUUUUUUGCGGCCUCUGGGAUGGGCAGGUACAGGCCUUUGCCCAGGACGGCUCGGAAGCAAUCCUGAAGGGGCAUAGCAAGAGAGUCACAACGCUCGCAGUUCAUCAGGGUGUAUUGAUGUCAGGGAGUGCUGACAAAGAAGUUCGCCUUUGGCAAAUGGAUCCCGUGGCAAAGACAUUCAACUGCACUCACACGAUCGAGGAAAGCUUGCCUGGUCCGAUCAGCAAAAUUCAUGUCCUGGGAGGGCAUCUCUUUGUGGGAGGUCUCUAUGGUCUAGCUAUGCUGGACCUGGCAACGUUGAAGGUCAGCAAAUUGCUCCCACCUACCAAAGCGGUGGCUGACCUUUUGGAGUUUCAAGGCCACAUCAUCGCAGCUUACUCAGAGGGCAUCAUCAAGAUUUUUGAUGCAGAAGGCACCUUGAAGUCCGAAAUGCGGCAACUAGAAGCUGGCCCGAUCUUGAGACUGGCCGGCUUGGAAUCAGGACCACGUGUGCUUUGUGGCCAUCAGCGUGGGCAGGUGAGUACUAUCACGCUUCCAUCCUUCGAAUUCAAGACUGCAUUCCAGGCCUUACCAGGCCAAAAAACAGACAGCUUGCUCUGUGCUGGGCAUGAUGGGAUCUUUCUCAUUGGCUCGCAGGAUGGCAGCCUACAGCUGUGGCAAAGGGUUGAAGGUGGUCUGCCACCAGGUUGAUGCACAGGCUAUUUUUGGCUGAGACUGUAUCACUACGGACUUGAAGAGCUGCAGCGUCAGCAGAUUGCCAAAAAAUGUGCCU